CUUCCAGCCAAGCAAGCUAAUACUUCUCUAGUAACAAUACCCAUUUACAGUGAAGUCAGACUUCUCAAACCUACUCCAAGAUGCCUAUUAAAAGUCCCAUAUUAAGUAUAAAAAUGCUAACUCCCCAACCGGAACGGCACGUCCGCGGCAUAACCCGCGACUACCAACUUCAACAUCUGCGCAGCUUCCCGCUCCUUCCGCGCACGCGUCACGUGACCCGCAUCCACGACUCCCCCACGUGACCGAACUCCCUCUGAGUCAUAUGACUUUUCAGCAGAGGCGCUCGAAUAUUUCGUGGCGCUUUUGCAAACUAUCAGAAUAAAACUUACUACUUUAUGGUUUUGCGAUUCUCCCUCUGGCGCCGCACGGCCCCGAACCGCUCGUGCUCGUGCCCGUGCCCGUGCCCGAGGCGAGUGCGUAGCGUGUGUUUUGUGGUGGGUGCAGCCGUUGAUGGCGACGGGCGGCUGAGGUAUUCCCCGGCCGAGGCCCGGCGGCGGCUCUGCGCGCGUGUCCCCGCCACUAAACUCGCUUUAAUUUGCUCGUUGGUGGACCUAGGGCCCCCCCUCACUUGGUUAAGUCGGGCAGUUUGUUCACUAGCUGAACACGAGUAUUAAAGCAUGUUGGCGUGUUGAACUUGAAGUUGAAGCGUGUCAGUGAGGCUACAUGUCGGCUCAUCAUCUGUGUGUGACCUGAGGGGAUCAUGGACAGGAUGAGCGGUGCACAGCAAAAUGACACGAAAAGGCAACACUUGCUAGAACGACUGCUGGAUGCUGUCAAACAGUGUCAGAUCCGCUUUGGAGGAAGAAAGGAGAUAGCCUCAGACUCUGAUAGCAGGGUGAUCUGCUUGUGCGCUCAGUUUGAGACUGUCCUCCAGCAUGGUCUGAGGAAGAGCCGGGGUCUGGCUCUUACUGCAGCCGCCAUCAAGCAGGCGGCCGGUUUCACCAGCAAAACGGAAGCAGAGCUGUCCUUCUGGCUGUAUGUGAAGGAACACCUGAACCGACAUGAGCUGCAGCGCUUCUACUCCCUGCGCCACAUCACCUCCGAGCUGGGCCGCGGCCGGGCCUGGCUGCGCUGUGCUCUGAAUGAGCACUCGCUGGAGCGCUACCUGCACAUGCUUCUGGCUGACCGCUCGCGGCUCAGUGUCUUCUAUGAAGAUUGUGCUUUCCUCCUUGAUGAAGAGAGAGCCAGUAUGUUACCCACCAUGGCAGCAGGUCUGAACUCCAUCCUGUUUGCCAUCAAUAUUGACAACACUGACCUGAAUGGGCAGACGCGGAGUGGGCCCUCCGUGUCCAACCUGCUGAAGGAGUCCACACAGGGUGUGAGCAGCCUGUGGAAAGAGUCCACCCAAGGCGUCAGCACUCUCCUGCGCGAGAUCAGCACUGCUACUGCCGUGGUGCCUGGGUUCAGCCCUCGCUCUGAAUGCCACUCUGACCCGCUGCCUGUCCUCCCACGCAGCGCCUCUGCAGACUCAGGUCUGAGGAAGGAACGUCGACGGAAGAAAAAAAUCACCAACAUCAUCUCCUUUGAUGAUGGCGAUGAUGGUGGAGCAGAGGAUGAGGAAGGGGAAGUGGGAGGCGGCCUGAAGAAGAGUGGAGGGCCUUUGGGGAGCUCAGAAGAGGUCCUGCACCCCCGUGGAGAAUCGCCUACAACCAAUGGCGGCCCUGAAGCUGGCAUGGCCAGCUGGGGAAGUGAUUACACCCAUAAUCACAAUGGAGCAUUGCCUGACACCAAAAGUAUUGACAAUGAUGAGGAGGAUGAUGAUCUCUACAGUAAAAGCAGGCCAGAGCCUGGGGAGGAGCAGCGGAGUGGAGAACGGGUAAUAAUAGGAAGCCUGUCGAGUGUGUCCACCUGGAGCCCGCUGCAGGUGAUCAAUGACAACGACAGCUCUGACCUCCUCAUCCCAGUGGCAUCCACCUGCUCUCAGCAAGAGAAUUCAGUGGAAGCUCAGACUUUCUCUGUGGAGGCCAAGAGCAGUGGCCUGGUGGCUGACCUCACGCAAACACCAUCCCAGCUGGAGUUCAAGGUGGAUCCCAGUGUUCCAGUCCAGCAGGCACCACUCAGUAGCGUAAUUCCUACCCCUGGCCUGCCGGAGUCAAUGACAGUAGCUGAACUUCGACAAGCAAUUGUGGCCAUGAUGAGCAGGAAGGAUGAACUGGAGGAACAGAACAUAUCCCUCCGCAGCCUGCUCGAUGGGGAGAUGGAGCACUCUGCCGGCCUGAGGCAGGAAGUGGACAGUUUGAGGAAACGGCUGGGUGAGCUGGAGGAACGGCACACUGCCAAAGUACAGGCCCUUGCCAGAGAGAACGAGGUGCUCAAGGUCCAACUGAAGAAGUACGUGGGAGCAGUCCAGAUGCUGAAGCGAGAGGGUGGCCAGAGUAAUGAUGCUCUUCCCAUGCUGCGGAAUUGUGACAGCCCCCCUUGCGCCCCUCAGUCCAAGUCGGCCAGCGAUGUCGAAGAGUUGGCCUCCAGCUACGAGCGCAAGCUAAUUGAGGUGGCUGAGAUGCAUGGAGAGCUGAUCGAGUUCAAUGAGAGGCUCUACCGUUCACUGAUGGCCAAGGACCAUCUUAUCAGCCAGAUGCGGCAGGAGCUGAUUGAGCUUCGUGGCCCUGUUCCAGGUGAUCUCAGCCAGACUUCUGACGAUCCAAGUUUAUCGGAUUUUGAAACUACUCACCGUGCCCUCAUCAAUGUGUGGAUCCCCUCUGUUUUUCUCCGAGGAAAUGCCACUAAUGCGUACCAUGUUUACCAAGUGUACAUCAGGAUCCUGGAUAACGAGUGGAAUGUAUACCGACGGUAUGCUGAAUUCCGAGACCUGCACAAUCGCCUGCGCUCCCAAUACCCGCAGGUCGAUACCUUCAGUUUCCCUCCCAAGAAGGCCAUUGGAAAUAAGGAUGCUAAAUUUGUGGAGGAACGGCGCAAACAGUUGCAGUGCUACUUGCGUAUGGUCAUGAACAAGCUGGUCCAGACUCUGCCCCAGUUCUCAGCCCAGCCUACUAAGGAGACCUUGUUGCAGCUGCUGCCUUUCUGCAGGGACAUGCCACAGACCAGCGAGAGUGGAGGUAAACCAUCCCGUUCCAGAUCAUCCAGAUUCCCCAAACUGGGCCGCAGUCAAAACAGAGAGUCGAGGAACCCUGAACCACAGAGCGGUGACCUCUGACCUGCCUUUCAUUGGACUGACAGUACAGGUCUGAGAUCCCUCUGAACAUAAUGCAAAAACCACAGAAGGAGGGCAAGGGAGGGAAGAAGAUUGCUGUGUCAGGAGCUACAGAACUGCACCUCCUGUCAAAUUUCAUGGAAUGAACUCAUGCAGGUCUUCUCAGUCCUGUAUGUUCAGAUGUCAGAAGCUGACAACUAGUUGGGUGUAGAACUGGGAGUUUAACAUAUUUUUUUUU